GAGCCUGGCGGGCAGAGACUAUACAUAGUCCCGCUACUACUUGCCCCUCAAGCACUACACCUGUUGUUGCGUUCAAGCCUUCCGCUGGUGUCGGUCCAUCGCAACGACGACGGCUAUGCGCGACUCGCCGCCUUUCGCCAGCGAGCAGUCGCCAGACGCCACAUCGUUCCGCAAGUCAGACAAGAGCCGAACCUCGUCAACAGCGCGUCCGUCAAAGCCAUGGCCGUCUGCGAGGUCAGUGACGCCUGGGCGACUGCGGUUCACGUCGACGGCACAGAUGCUCCAGUCGAGCUCAGGCGCACAUGGCGGAGAGCCGCGACUCGACCGUCAUCGAUACUCCUCGUCACGAAGUGGUAGGACGGCUGCAAUGCCGUCCAAGACCUCACCGAACACUUCGGUGGCCAGCAUCCGAUCGGGCGCCUCGUCGUUUGCCCGCCUUCCACGCGGGCUCUCAGUCUACUCGAUCCGCGAUGACGCCGUUGCGGGAACAGCCACAAGUGCAAGCACGCCACCGGCCCUGACACCCUCGGCCUCACGCGUCUGUGCAUCAAAGAGUGGCUCCAUCUCUUGCAUGUUUGAAGACAAGCGCAAGUCCUGGUCGACGCGCCGGGGCUCGCUCUCGGCGUCAUUCCACUCAUUAGAUCGCAUCCGCGUUCAGCUCGGCGAGUCGGCAGCCAAGGUCAGCGCCGAGCGCGACACCGCUGCCUCGGCCGCCAAGUACCUCAGCAUGCUCCGUAAGCUCGACAACAAGCCGUCGCAGUUUCUCUUCCGCAAGCUCUUCUCCUACAGCCCGCCAUCGCUCAACAAUCUGACCUCAACAGAGUGGCUCGGCUCGCUCGAGGCCAUGAAGCUCCAGAUCGUCACUGUUGUCUGGGUCAUACUCAUAGCCAUGCUUGUCGUUCCCGUCAUCGUCCGCCCAGCUUGGCUCUCUGCAGAGCCGUCCGACAUCAAGUCGAUCGGCUGGCUCGCUGCCGCGCCGGCAUGGCUCGCUGGUCGCGCUCUCUUCUCCAUCUCGCUCCUCACCGCCAUGCUUGCCACCUCCGACUCGGCCGCUUCCUCGGCAACCGCACUCAUCUACGCCAUCGAGCUCAUCUGCGUCUGUGGCUCGUUUGUCCAGGGCGGAGUCGCUCACAUUGUCUGGUCGCCGCUCAUUCUCACCCCACUCAUCGCCACCCUCUGCCUCUCCUGGAUUCGCAUCAUAAUGACUGGCCUUCAAACGAUCGCCGUCAUCUGGCUCGCCGCUACCGUCGAGUUUGCUCUCGCCUGGGCCAACAUCUGGCAUGCCCCGUUCCUUGACCACUCGUCGCCCGCCCUAGGUCCGUGGUCCGUCGCCGCGCACGCCUCUGCGUGCGCCAUUCAGGGCACCGUCGUCAUCGUCGUCAUCGUCGUCUUUGGCUGCCUCCUCGGCUUCUUCUCCGAGACAUACCAGCGCAUUGCGCUCACUACCUCGUUCAACUCCUCGCAGCUCGCGGCAUGCACCGGUGGCAUCGUCACCAUGCUUGAUACCUCGUUUACCAUCGUCUCGUGGAACUCGGCUGCCGCAGACCUCACAUGUGUGUCUGCCGCCGACGCUGUCGGCAACGCCUUCACCCGCAUCUUUCGCGUUUUUGAGCCAAAAGUCCACGAUGGUAACGUCACCGGCCUCAUCAUUCCCCAGGCCAAGUUUUCCCAGUCAACUUCGGCUGUUCUGGAUCAGGUCGAAGGCACGAGUGCGCCGCUGUCCUCGGCCUCGGCCUCAUGGCAUGAUGACGACAGGUCGAUCUUCGACUCGCCACCACUGUCCGAGCCCCAACGCUCAGAGCUGACUAAUCUGCUUCGCGCCCGUGGCCAGGACCUCACUCUUGCCAACAUCCUCAACCUUGCGCUCGUUGACAACCUGCAAAUCGUCGGUCUCGUUGUGGAGCAGACCGCGUGGCGGCCCGCCGGUCGCCAAUCGGCGCACAACACGCCUACUGCCAAGAGCAUUUCGCUCGCUUCGUGUACCACCGGCGCUAACUCGGCGCUCGAACCUGCCUGUACCAUUGUCCUCAACAUCACGCCGCGUUUUGGUACGGAUGGGCACGUCGACGGCCUCUUUUGCGUCGGCGUCGACAUCACCGAUCGAGUCCAAGUCCAGCUCGACAUCCUCGCAGCCCAGCACUUUGCCGAAGCCGUUAUCGAGUCGGUCCCCAUUCCGCUCGCCGUCGUCUCGGCUGACAACCUUGACCGCAUGUGUGUCAUUUCAGUCAACCGCGCGUUUGAGCGUUUCUUCUCGAACGACUAUCAGUCAGGUUGCAUGACUUCCGACUAUGAAGGGACAAUGUCGUCGUCGGCCUCAUCGUCGUCAUCACUGUCGUCGCCGCGGUCAGCGUCAACGUCGAGGUCGCGGUCGCGAUUGCGAUCGUCCGGAACCGCAUCACACUCAUCGCUCGCUUCCGGAUCGGUCGCUCCGCGCGGGCCUGACCUUUUUCUCAUCAAGCCCUCUUCUGCAGACAUCCGCAUGACCCCGUUGCCCUGCAGAGAGCUCGGUAGCGGAAGCUUGGCCCGCUCGUCCGCCCCGCACUCGGGGCGCUCCUCCCACAGCAGCCGCCUAUCGGCUCUCUCCGGUGCGCGCCGGGCAUCGCCUGGUGCAGCGAGCUCGACGGCGUCGACAUCUCCGCCAAUCUCGCCACCGCGCGCCCGCCUCUCAAUCCAUCCUGACGCCUGCUCCUCCCGGUCCGAAUCCUCGCUUGGCCUCACUGUCGAUGUCAACGACACCGACUCGUUGGUUGCAUGUGGAAACACGCCUUCGCUCGAGCGCUCGCGCUCGCUGGGCGAAGCUGCCAUCAUGGCCGCCGCCCGCAAGAAGACUCAGCCACGGGCCGACUCGCUCGACCCGCAGGUGGUGAAAGCGCUCUACCGUGGGUCGACACGAAAAUACUCGCUCGCGUCCAAGCUUCCCAAGCGCGCAAUGUCGCAUGCUCGAAAAGUCUCGGUUUCGCCAUCUUCCUCUCCCUCGCCGAGCACAGACGUGAGCUCCCCGACGAGCCCGCACAGCUCCGCAAGGCCGGCAAGCGGCUUACAAGCCGCCUCGUUGAGAUCGUCGUCGUCCGCUGCACGCACCAGCACCAUCGAGCGCGGCGUUCUCUCCCCCAUGGUCUUGCAGGACAUGGCUGUCUCCGGCGGCGUCCUAUCCUCGUUUCUCCAUAGCCACUCGCCACCUGUCGCUGGGGAUGCCUCGCCCAAUCUGGCGAGUCCUGAGCCAACAUCGACACUCGCCACCGUUGCCCUCACUGCCCGUCGUGAGCACAAGCGCCGUAGCCGCCAUCGCUCAUCGCGUCAGCGCCGCAGCCGUCGCUCCUCACUCACACUCGAUGCCGCUCAACGCGUCCCAGGCGUCCCCGGAACCGACGCACCCGUCGCCUUGCCUCGUAUCUCUGCCACUGCACUGCAGCGUGGCUCGCGCGCUGCACGAAGCUCGCACUCCCGCCGUUCCAACUUGGACAACUCAAGUGGUACCCUUGACUCGUUCUCAUACUCUACCACGGUCUAUCUCAAUGAUUCAUCACUUGUGAGUGCGUACUCGCGUCGCCGCUACACUUCAUACGGCGAGUCGGACGUAGUCUCCUUCAAGCGCCACGCGUCGAGCGGCAGGAGCGAAAGCUCAACAUCGUCAUCGACGUCGUCAUCAUCUUCGCCAACAUCAUCGCCGUCAGCGGCAGAGCGGUUCCGGAAUGCUACCGCUUCCCCUCCUUCUGCCAGCGAGCUACGCCACGUCGUCGACUCGUCACUUCAGCUGGAUCGUUCUGGAAAGAGCAGUGCCACCGCCAGCAGGUCGAGUGUCUGUGCUGCAUCUGUCCCAUCGCCGUCGGUCAACAUUCCGCUGCUCUUUGCCGAGACUGCCACUCCCAUGUCGCUCUUGACGAGUGCGGACUUGCCACCGCAUGCCCCUGCCUCGAGUGCCACAUCGGCACCAGCCAUACAGUCACCAGCGGCAACGCGCGCGACUGGCCAUGUCACGCCUCGUUCCCACAUGCGCCGAAUCUAUGGUCAGGCCCGUGCAGCCAUGUCGGGCGCGGCAUCGGCCGAGGAUGCGCUCGAGCAAGUCAUGAGCCUUCUCGCCGGAAAGGCCUACAGCACCGUCCAGGCUUCCCCACGCGUCUUUGCCAACGCCUCGGACUCGGAUUCGCUCUUCUCCCUCUCGUCCGUCUCUACUCCUCGCGCCACUGUUGCCUCUCGUGACAAGCCCCUGCGCGACAUCGCUCGCGGAGCCAGCGCGGGUCGCCUCUCACGCCGAGCUUCGACUAACCUCCUCUACAGUGCCAACUCGGCUGCGUCAUCGGCCUCGGGCAUCUCCCAUAGACUCUCAACUAACCGCUCUCGCAUCCAUGGCUCAGGAUCUUCGCUCUUCUCCCGCUCUACAUCCGAGUGCUGCAUCGAAUGUGACAGUGCUAAGGUGGCUGCCUCGUCAGUGCCAGCCUCGUCGUCGUUUUGCUCCUCCUCCACGACCUCGUCCCACGGCUCAUACAUCUACGAGCCGUCAUCGCCAUCGUCAUCACUGUCGGCGUCGCCGUCGUCGUCGCCGUCACCGUCGCCACCGCCGGAUGCAAUGGCUUUACACUCGUCUCCCUCGUGUUCGGGCUCUCUCUCGUCGCAAGUCCCUCGAACCCGCCCGCUCAAGAAGAGCACUUCUCGGUCCACUCGCGUCUCGCUUGAGUCGGCCCUCUCGCAGUCGAUGUCGGUGCUGGAGGCAUCCAAGCCAGGUCGGUCGGCCAUGGCCAACAUCGAGUCGAACACAGACUCUUCAUCCUCGGGUGGUUCGGCGCAUUCGGUCGAUUCGAAGCACUCUGUGAGCGUGAAGCUUUCGGCUGGAAGUCGUUCGACAAAGAGCGUGUCGCCGUUUGAACGGCGGUGCUCGCUUUCGUCGACGUCGGGACCUGCGACGGCAACAUCGUCGGUCGGCGCCGCAUCGCGCGAGCGCCAUCUGCCGCAGCUGAACCUCGACUCGCUCGAUCCGCUCGACAGGACCGCCGGUACCGUCCGACUGCAGCAGAUGAUGGGCUCGGUUGACGACGAGGGCGUCGAUGCGCGGUGGCCGGGCUCGGUCACACUUCACGACUGCCUGCUCCGGCUGGGGGGGACUAUGCCCGAGGUCAUCGCCGCCAUCUACAGUCUCCGCGACCUCAUUGCCUCUGGCUCGGGGGACGAAGUCGAGGUCUCCAUCGGCGGUAACUACCUCUCGAUCCACUGCUCGCCGAUUGCGUCGACCGAGGCCGCUAAGGGCAACCUCUACCUCAUGUCCAUUCGUGACCUCACUCACGAGCGCCACGCCAUGGAGACCGAGCUCAAGCUGAAGAAGAGCGAGGGUGCGUCCGAGGCAACAUCCGCCUUUAUCGCCCGCCUCUCGCACGAGCUCCGCAACCCGCUCAACGGCGUUCUCGGCAACGUUCAGAUCCUGCUCGACACGGCGCUCACCCGCGAGCAGCGUGACUGCCUCGAGGCUCUUGAGUCGUCGUCGCACCUUCUCCUCACCAUCAUUCAGGACAUUCUCGACUUUUCCAAGGUCAACGCCGGUGGCGUCAUCGAGCGGACCAACAUUGCGUUUUCGCUUCGUCAGCUUGUCGAGUCUGCCGUCGAAAUGGUCAAGGGUAACGCCCAGGCCAAGUCGCUCCGCCUCGCCACCCAUGUUCCGCUCUCGAUGCCGGACCGUUUAUAUGGUGAUCCUACGCGCCUCUCGCAGAUCCUGGCCAACCUCCUCUCCAACGCCAUCAAGUUCACCCAGCGCGGCGAGGUCGUCAUCACCGUUUGCCACGAGGACGACCAGGACGACCAGCACGAGCAGGACGCCACCAAGCCGUCAGUCAACGCACGCUUUGUGGUGUCCGACGAUGAUGAUGGCUACCCUGUGUCUAGGCCGCUUUCGCGGUCGCGGCGGACGCUCGCAGCGACACCUGCCGUCGUGGGCUCGUCGUCGGCGUGCUCGUCGGCGCGCUCGUCGGCGCGCUCGUCAGCCAUCUCAUCGGCUCGCUCUUCAGCGCCGUCGGUGGCGACACCGCGUGGUGCCGGCGCGCCCACCCGUAUCCGUGUCGAGUGCACCGACACCGGCAUCGGCAUUGACGAGGACGACGUCGAAAAGCUCUUCACGCCGUUCUUCCAGGCCGACCGGGGCUCAACUCAGCCUCUCCAUCUCCAAGAAGUUUGUCAAAGAAGUUUGUCGACGCCUGGCAAGGGCACCACCUUUGGCUUUACCCUCUCGACGCUUGCCCUCAAUGAGCAGCAGGCCGACGUCGCCGAGCUCCUUGCCCACUACGGUGAUGCCAUCCCAAAGACUCGCCUCCUCGUCGUCGACGAGAACCCGCACAUCGGUGGUAUCAUUGUUGCCAUGCUGCGCGAGACCGGUAUCACUGCCGAGCUUGCCACAACCGUAGAGGAGGCGAACAAGAUCGUUCGCUUGUGGCGGCUCGACGAAUCCGGCUCAGUCUCGUCGGUAGCCUCGGCGGCGCUGUCCACCACCAGCAACGGCUUGCACUCGCGACCGCAGUUUACAUCGGCGUCGGCUGCUUCAGUCGACUCGUUUGUCACCGAGGCGUCGCAGUCCAACUUUCAGUGGUCGUCGCAGCUGCCGCAGUCCAACAGGUCGAUCAGCACUAUGGACGAGUGGGGCUGGCGGACCGGCGUCAUUCUCUCUAUCAACAUGACCGUUUUCCUCGCCUCGAUCCGCAUCUCGCGCCAUCGCCGCAUGCCGCUCCCGGUCAUCAUUGCCGCACCAACCGUCAUGGCCACCCAGAGCAUCGCCGCCGAGGACGGUGAGCGGUUCGGCUACCUGCCGCGUCCCGUCCGCCUUCGCAACCUCCUGUACGCCGUCGGCAACACGGUCAUGGGCAUCGCACCGCCGCACGCAGACGUCACCCUCAACUCGCCACUCGAGCUCGGCGGACCGAACCGCUCCCGCCCCUCGGGUACACUCGUACCGGUCGACGAAGUCAACCUCGUUGCAGACGCCAGCCUCCACGUGGUUCCCAACGACUCGCCCAAGACCUCGCACGAGACCUUGCACGAGACCCUGCCUCUGACCUCACUCGACAUCUCGCCCAAAAUCUCGCCCGAGUCCGAGACCAAGCCCGAGCCCGAGCCCGAGCCCGAGUCCGAGCCCGAGCCCGAGCCCAAGCGCCGUCCCAAGCGCCGUGUUCUCGUUGUCGAAGACUCGCUCAUCAAUCAGAAGCUCAUCGGGCGUAAUGGCCCGCAGGGCUUCUAUGCUAUCCUCAUGGACAUCUCCAUGCCGAUCAUGGACGGUUUCGAGGCAACGGGUGUCAUCCGCGCGCUCGAGGCCGGCGACGCCGAAGAGCACGCCCGCGACUGGCCGUUGCCCGAGUGGCUCAAACCCACGGGCCCGCGGCUCCACGUUCCCAUUGUGGCCAUCACCGCCUUUGCCACCGACGAGGACAAGGCAAAGUGUCUCGGCGCUGGCAUGGACGGUUUUGUGGCCAAGCCCAUCAUCAUCGCCAAGCUCAAGGCCGAGCUCGAGCGCGUUGGCGAUCUCGUCGUCACACCUCCUGCACCUGAAGACUCGGACGCUGCCGCCACAUCUGAAGCCACCACUUCUGGACUCCCCGCUUCAUCGAGCACGUAG